AAUAUUGAAGUCGUUCCAAAUCUUUCACUUUACCCAGUGUGGCUGUGUUCCUCUUUUUAUUUAAUCUCUCUGUGGUGUGCUGUAUAAACUUCCCAUUCAUUGUACACACCUUUUCCUGGUACCCUCCACUUGGGGCAUUCUGCAGUUUGUUUGAGUAACGUUUGGCUAAAACUGAAAGUAUCCUGAUUUAUUUUUGUUGUUUUCUAUUUGAUGAAGAUGUCAAAAGUGUUGCUCUCUAGAAAUCUCAAGUCGUCUCAACAGUGCUGCCAAAGAUAACAUCACACGCGGAGGAUUAACUGUGUUAUCAUGUGAAACACAAUAUUUUGUCAAAGAGCAGCAAGAGAUUGUAAACCAGCACUGUAUAAUAUCAGAAUCGUCCAAACUCUUUUGUUAUUCAGCGUAUUAAACUGUCAGAUUCUCACUUAUGAAUCUCAAGGGAGAUAAUACUGCUUGAACCUUUUUUUUUUAAUUUAAGUACCUCCACAUUUUUUGUUUCAACUCAGUUUUAUUCAUUCAACAGAUGACCCUCUUUGGUAAUCUCUGUUAACUCUCGUGCAUGUGCUGUAGCACUUGCACCCUGACAGGAACUGAGAUGUUAGCACCCACACAGGAAAUGUGGUCAUGGUCUGUCCCGGAUGUUGGUUGCAUGAUGUGAAUAGAAUAAUGCAGAGUGUAGAAAUACAAACAAGUACGACAGAGAGAGACAGACAGAUACAAUAUGAGGCUUUUUUUAAAUGUGCUCAUCACCAGUACAACACAGAUGGCAUCUUGUUGUUGAUGUUCUGUAGCUGGCCUUGGUUUGCGUUUAAAACCAAUGCAGGGUUUGAUCCUUUGCCCAGAGUCACCGUGCAGUGUGGUGAUAAAUGAUAAACACAGGACGUAGGCAGUUAAACCGCUCACCAGCAACAUCCCCUCCACUCUCUCUGUCUAUUUCUCGAUCCCCACCAUACACUCUCUCUCUCUCUCUCUCUCUCUCUCUCUCUCUCUUUAUCUCUCUUUCUCCUUCUAUCUCUCUUGCUUACUUGCUCGGCUGAUUUUCUGUGUCUGCAGUCAGGAAGUGCAAACAUGCUAAAAGUUGCACCUGCAGUGCCACGCCGAGAAGUUAAAACAAUUGACAAAUGAGCAGCUCAGGCUAAAAAAACCCAUCUCCAGGUUGGAUUAUUAUAACAUACAAGUGGAAGAAUCAGUUUCACAGAACAAUUUGCCCUUUGUACCACAAUACCAGGCUCCCACAAUAUCUGUGAAUGGCGCCAUUGGAGGUCGUAACAUGCUUCAGGAUUUCACAUUUAUGGAAUUUUAUAAGAUGAUCCUUCAUACGUCAGAGGAGGACAUUUUGUAGCGAGACAACAUUUACAGCUACAUCGUCUUUCCACCAAAACCCACAAACGGAACUGACUGAGAUACAAGCUAAUGGAGGAGGAAAACUUGUGUGCCUCUCUGCCAGAUGUUACAGAUUCAGUCUUUCAGCAGCCUCGAGAAGACUCAUGGACCUCCAUCGACCACCAGUACAUCAAUGGAGAGCAAGAGAGCGUUGUGUGGGGCGACGCAGAGGUGCAGGUACACCAGGCACACGGGACAAACCAACUCAAUCUCUCUCCGAAGGCAGGACGAGAGACGCCUGAGGAGGCAGAAGAGUGGGAGAAGAUAAUAUGGCCGGUGCACCCCAUGACCUGUAGCAGUGCUUCGCUUUCUUUUGCCACAGUGCAGUGGGACAUGCCUGAUCCCUCUGCAGAGACAUGUUCACUCAUGACUGACAGCAGAUUGGCCAAUGAGCCGGACUCUGGUGGAGUGAUGAGUCAAGAGACCACUUCCCCGUCACUUCACCGAUCUCAAAACGUUAACGCGGUGCUUUUCAUACAGGGCGGCAGAGGGGAAGAAGAUGAGUUUGAGUCACGGCUUCUGAUCUCCAACCUAGAGUGGACAGGAAACGUCUCAAAGCCAUGUGACGCUGCAGAUGUGCAAGAGCCGCCGACACAGGAACAGGAAGGUUCACCACAUGAGCUGUUAGACAGUAAUAACGAAAUCCGGACAGAAGAAGAAGAGGGACACUCGGCGACGUCCGAUCCUGUUGAAGCUGUGGACUUAAUCUCAGAAGAUGAAGCGGACAGUUUUGUAGAUUUAAAACUAGAGGAGGAACAGGAGGAACUCGACGUUUUGCUGACUGGACAGGGAGACUCAGAGGAAGAGCAAACUUCAGCGAAUGGUGUUGAGAACGAGGAGGAAGGCGAGGGAGAAGAGGAGGAGCAGAUCAAUGUGUCCUGCCCUGAGGAAAGUGAAGAGGGAAAAGCCGUCAGCUGUCUGAGUGAUGUGGAGCUUCCUGCAGAGCCACUACAAGCUGACGACACUGGACCAACUAUAAACACAGAUAAGCUAAUUGAUCUGCCGCAGUCAGAGCUUUUGGAGGAAAGGCGCCAAUCGAGGAUUGAAGAGGACGUAGAGACAGUUGAACGGUUACAUGAAGAUCCCACAGGUCAGACGGAAGAGCCAGAAAUGUGCAAAGAUGUAGAUCAGAACCUGGACCCUGAACAGCCAGAGCCUGCGGACGACAAUGAAGAAGCGUCAAUACAGGCUGCAGAUAACACAGAGGAGAUAGAAAAAUCACCAGUGCAGGAGACAAGUUGUUUAUAUCAACGAGAUUGUGUCCAAACGACGUCAGAGGACGUAAAGCCGUCACCUCGGCCUGAAGGCGCUGAGUCCGAGCAGGUUGAGAGGACCGAAGAGUCGGAGCAGAUCCAAGCAGACGUGUCACAAGACUCUGACCAAUUAGGACGGUUGCAACAUCUGGAACCAGAGAUGACAGAAGAGUCAACCCAACCUGAAACUGCAGAGCUGCCAGAGGACUCUACUCAGUCAGAGCCGACAGUUUGUGUUGAAGCCGAAGACCCCGGAGACGCAAAGCAGCAAGAACAGACGGAGCCACCGGAGCAGAAUGAGCAGACGCCGCAAACGGCCGACUCGUCUCAGCCAACGCUCUCUGAGCAGCUUGUGCAGCCAGAGACAGAUGAGUCAGAAAUAACAGAGCAGCUGUCUCCCGAGGCCGAGGUCACGCAGCAGACAGCAGAGGCCGAGUUCAAUCAGGUGGACAAACAGGCUGAGACGUCACAUCAGGGUGAAGAAGAGGAAGGAGGUGCUGAGGAUGGAUCCGUGCAAACAGUUGAGGCAAAUGGAGAGAAACCCGAAGCCCCUGAGACGGCAGCAGCGCCUCAUAUGAAUGGAGACGAGGUGAACAGAGAGAUGGCCCGCCGCCUCGCUCAACGACUGUUUAAGUUGGAUGAUGUCCAACGUGUGGACGUGGUGAAGCACUUAGACAAAGAUAACGACUUCAGUCGUGCUGUCGGGGAGGAAUACCUCAAACUCUUUGACUUCACCGGGCAAACUCUCGAUCAUGCCCUGAGAUCUUUUCUGAAAGUGGUGGUACUAAUAGGAGAGACCCAGGAGAGAGAGCGUGUGCUGCAGCAUUUCGCCUGCCGCUUCCAACAGUGCAACCCCGACUCCUUUACCUCCUCAGAGUCUGCGUUGGCUCUCACAUGUGCUUUGAUGCUUCUCAACACUGACUUGCACGGACAGAACGUAGGAAAAUGCAUGUCCUCGUCUAAAUUUGUGUCCAACCUCGAUGGGAUGAGUGAAGGAGAAAACUUCAGCAAGGAUCUAUUAAAGAGUCUUUACAAUUCAAUAAAGAGUGAGCCGCUGGAGUGGGCUAUUGACGAGGAGGAGUUGAAGAGCUCCGUGUUGACGGACGAUGACGCAGGAGUAGAUGCGCCGCUGCGUUCGAAAGCCAACCCCUUCCAGGACGUUCCUCAUGACGAAACGGCCUCGGUGGCCAAACAGGGAUUCCUCCAGAGAAAGCUGCACGCUGACAUUGACGGCAAACGCACUCCGUGGGGGAAGAGAAGCUGGAAGACUUUCUACGGAGUGCUGAAGGGAAUGGUCCUUUACUUGCAGAAGGAUGAUUAUGGGAGGGAUCAGCCGACUAACGAGGAGGUGGUGAGCGUGCACCACUCUCUGGUCGAGCAGGCGGCCGACUACACCAAGAAGCCUCACGUCUUCCGCCUGCAGACGGCUGACUGGAGGGUUUUCCUCUUCCAGGCCUCAUCCAAACUGGAGAUGUUUUCAUGGAUCAGCCGCAUCAACCUGGUUUCAGCUCUUCACUCCUCGCCUCCGUUCCCCGCCGCCGUCGGCUCUCAGAGGAGGUUCUUCAGACCGGUCCUCCCCUCCUCGCUGUCGGCUCACACUCUGGAGCGUCAGCUGCAGUCCUAUGCAGGAAUGCUGGAGUCCUUUAAGGCGGACUUGUCGUACCUGCAGCAAAACCUGCCUGAGCGAAAAAAAGCCAAAGCCAGGGAGCUGGAGGAGCAUCGUGUGAGAGCGGAGUACCUGCAUCACGAGAUGUGUCGCUAUGAGAUCUACAUCCAGGGCCUGGAGGCCUGGAAGAGCGUGAAGAAGACAGGCACCGGCGUGUUGAGCAUCGCGGACCUGAAGAUGUUUGAUAAAGCAGUGUGUGCAGACUCUGUGGGGGAGGAAGAGGAGGAGGAAUGCAUGCUGAAGAAGUCCCACUCCAGCCCCUCUCUGGACCUGGAGAUGGCUCUCCCGACGGUGAUCAAAGUGAGACGCAACAUCUCAGAAAGACGGACUUACCGCAGGACCAUCAUUCCUCGAUGGAAUAAAGAGUCCUGAAAGGUGUUUAACGACCGGUUAAAAAUGCAGAUCAAUAAACUUCUGCUGUGAGCUGACAGGACGUCAGUCUUUUAGUUUGUGGAUAUCUGCCUCAGCGAGUUAUUGUUUUUGUUUUAGAGUUUCUUCUGGAUUUUUAUCUUGUGCACUUUUACAAAAAUAAACCUCAGGGAAUCCCAAACCCUCAAUCUCUCUCAGGAUCGAAAGUGGGAACCUGACUCAUUUGUUGAGUGACUCAAAAUGUCCGGACCUAAUUUAUUUAGUUUUGUCUGUAGUGGUACUCAAAAUGGUACAAAGUUGUUCUGUUUUUUUUUUUUUUUUGGGCAAAAAUGUGCCUUUAAAAUGUAAACCACUAGAGGAUGCUGUAGUACAGCACAACUGUGAGUGACAGGAUGUGCUGUUUCUUUUUUAAGAAUCCAUUGCACUUUUAUUGUUUUUAAUAUUAUGUAUAUUAUGUGGAUGUCAACGUUACAUAUUGUUUUUAAAUGAAGGUUUUU